AUCCACAGCAGUGGGACUUGAGUCAUUCUCCUCUGAGCUCAAGUCACAGGCUCAGCUCCUCCCUCGCUGCUGGCUGCCCGCUAACUAGCUCUCCUCUCCAGCAUCCAGACGGUGCUGAGCGACAGCAUCGCCAUCUUGGUGGCGGGGAACAACCGUAUCCAGGCCCUCCUCUCGAAGAUGGAGGAGAUAUGCAGGACCAUCCAGAGAACGGGCAUCAUCAGCAGCAGAGUCGGUGUGAUAAGUUUAACGGGCUGUAUGCCAUCCUGGAGGAGAGGAAGGAGGAGCUGGUGGGGAUGAUCAGCCGCCAGCAGGAUGACAAGCUGGACUACGUCGCCACGGAGACCACCUGGAGUGCGCGGGCAAGCUUGUGGGGACAGCCAUCCAGUCGAUGGAGGAGCCACAGAUGGCCGUGUUCCUACAGGAUCUCUGCCACUGCCAAGGCGUCCAACAUGGAGCGUCCAGAGCCGGGUUAUGAGAGCAUGGCCCAUUUUGUUACCAACACAGAGGAUGUGGCAGACAUGCUAAGGACCAUUGACUUCAACACAAGUAGGGCCUCAGGUUCUCACAGAGAAGACGGUUAUGAUCUGGAUGAGGGGGCCAGGACCUGGCAUCACUGCAACGGUGGACGUAGACUAUGGGAGAUACCAGUAGUUGAAAAGGAUCCCUCAGCAAAUGUUUGUGUUACCAACCCUGACCUUGAGCUACAGCUGCUGCUUUGAUCUCCAGUGGGAUUGGAGGUGGUGUUAACCACAGAAUUAAUCAUUGAAUGCAUAGCUAUGGUGUUAACACAGUGAGGAACAAGGC